AUUGCAUUGUGGAUGUCUGUGGGUUUUGCACAUGGUGUAUGCAAUACAGAUAACUUCAGUUUAUUAUCCAUAACAAUAGAUUAUGGUCCAUUUGGAUUUAUGGACUCCUAUGAUCCAAUUGGAAAAUGCCGCCAAUGACAUACGGAAAUGCGUCUGUUAAAGCUUCCCAGAUUCUGGAGGGAUAUGCUCAACGCUAUUAUACCCGUUUUACAGAAUUGUUCAGAGCAAAAUUGGGUCUUCUUGGGGACGAUGAGGAUGACAACUAUUUGAUUGCUUUCCUCCUAAAACUCAUGGAAGAUAGGAGGGCUGAUUUUACAAUGACGUUUCGAGAGCUGAGUGAAAUUACUGAAGACCAGUUAAAGGAGCUCCACAUCCCUGAGGAGUUCUGGGCUCUCCAGGAUCUGGGUAAACACAAGUUAUUUUCGGAAUGGGUUGCUAUGUACCUCUUGCGAUUAGAACAUAACAAGGGUGAUACAGACAUCAAGAGAAGAAAAAGAAUGACAGCUGUUAAUCCCAGAUACGUGCUUAGAAAUUGGAUGGCAGAAUCAGCAGUGCAAAAAGCCAAUUUGAAUGAUUUUUCAGAGGUUCACCUCCUACAACAGGUUUUACAACAUCCCUUUCGGAGACAGAAGGCUGCAGAGAAAGCAAGCUAUUCCCUACGCCCACCAGCUUGGGCCAAGGAUCUUAAAGUAAGCUGUUCAUCCUGAGAGGAAGUUAAACAAGCAAGAAAAAUGGUAAAGGUCUUGGCCAUUGGAAAAAUGGCUCAGGCCUUCAAACAGGAAUCAAGCCAGAGGAAGUUGUCCCUCUUAUUCUGUGUGGACUGGAAUCUGCUAUGCUGCUAGACAAGAUCUUGACCAACUUUAUAAAGAUGAAAGAAAUGGACCACUAUGUAUGGUUGCAUCAACAAAUCAUAUUGGCAUUUAAUAACUCUGCCCUGUGUAUUCAGCUGUGCAUUAAUUUGAGUCCCAAUAUUUAAGUUUUGCCAAACUGUCAUAUUUAACAUCGCAGAAUUCACAUCUGAUCAGGUGUUAAUGUCUAAAGGUCUGGUCAAUUUAAAAUACAUCUUUUUUUAAUCAUAGAAUGUUCUGAUUAAUGUUCUCAUUGUUGUUGCACACUUACCAAACGUAGUUUUAUCUGAAGAUAUAAAGGUGAAGUCUUGCAGAGCACCACCUUACACCUAGACCUUAUUACCUUUUCUCUCCUUGACCUUGUUUUGUCCCAUUAAGCUGCCAAUGAAGAUUUAGAGGAAAUUGAAUUAAAUUGUAAGCAAAUACACCUGUCUUGGGAGUGACUUGCCCCAGAAUAGGUUUUGGUAUCUUUGCCGGAGUCAGGUGCCUGUUAAGCCUGGCUUACUGUUCUUUGAGUUUAUCUUCUGAUAGUAGUAGAGAGAUUGUUGGUGUGCGGAUAUAAUGACUCAGGAAACAUUCACUGGUUGGACAUGGAAAAGGACUUUCUUGCAUCCCAUUAGGUACAUUGUCAGGUCAACGUACCUUUUGCAGUCGGCUUCCUGAUGCUGUUGGUCUGACAAAAAUAUUGCAGGGAAAAUAUUUAAAAUUCAACUGAAGCUGUUACAUAGCAGUGCCUUGGAUUGUAACAGUGUGGGACUGGUCUUUGUUUUGUGUCCAGGGUCCUGGUAUUUAUCUUUGUUUAACGCUCCAAUUCCACAUCACAAAACUUUGUGUAUAAUUAAGCUAAAACUAAUACGCAAGCUCUCAAGUGCAGCGUUCUGCUAGCAAAAUUCACUUAUCUGGGGUUUUGUUAUUUCUUGAUGUUACCUCCGCCCUUCCCAAAUCCAAAACGGAUUGGUUUAGAAUAUCCAAAUCUCUUCUGAAGAGAUUUGGAUCUCUUCACUUGCUUCUGAAAUGGAAUGCUUCUGAAGUGGUAUUAAGUGCUAUGAUUACCAUUUCACAAAUCUAUUUCUAGAAAUAUAAUUAGUGGGGGAAAAGAAAUCUACGUUAUUAGAAAUCUUUCACUGACUACAAAAAAUACACAAAUGCCUUUGCUUCUUAAAUACAAUCAGUGCACUUAUUCAGGAUGGUUUCCCCUCAGAUAUACAGUUGCUCAGCCUGAGUUAACAUUCCUUGUGCAAGCAGUAAGUGCUCUUCUGCAGCCACUGGGUUACUGUUUGUGCUGGCAACAGCUCCGGGUAAAAGGAGUGGGGUGGUGAGGGAGUUCUGUAAAAGCCCUGUAGCCGUGGGCUGUGUUUACAACCUGUGGGAACAUUGCCAAUGAUACCUGUUCUCGGGUAAUUGCAAAAUAAGGUGUUGUGAUGAAAUGUCAUCCUGACUACUCCGAUUUCAUAAUAGUGCUGCUGACCGUUACAGGUAAUCAUGCUGCCUUCAGGUGUUCUGCAAGGCCAAGACGAUUUGUAAGUCUUAGUUCUACUGAAUCUCUUCUGUUCUGUUUGUUUCCCUCAAAGAGAAUAUGCACAUAUCCCAGUUUGUAGGAGACUGUCAAUAAUCCCUAUGUAAUAGUUGUCCUGUACUUUUGCCACAAGGUCCAUUUAAAUUUCUACUUUUUCUUGAAGUGCCUGAAAUAGAGUACUUGAAAAAUACAUGGUUAUCUUAACACUACCUUAUGUUUUGUCAAAGUAGAGAAGUGAGACCACAUGAUGCUCAGAAUUUUGUACCACCUCACUUCCUACUUCUAGAUUUUAAUUAUGAUGGUUUAUGAUUACACUGUAAACAUUAGUACUGUGUUUCAUGAUGUAAUCCCUAAAAUUCUUACAUGGGCUUUUGCUUCCUGCUCUGGAGCUGCCUCUUCCUUCAUGUUACAUAAACACAGCAGUGAUGCAAAAGCAGAUGGGAAAUAGAAAUACUGAUUAAACAGUUACUUGUUUGUACCAUCUUCUCUCUGUAUUGGAGAACUGUUACGAGGGUCAGCAGUGGUGAUCCCCCAUGUGUGGACUUUUCCAUGUGAAAAAAAUGGUCUCUUGGAGUGGGUCCUUCUGUACCAGUGAUGUAAAAGCCCAAAGAAAAAGACAGCUGCUGAGACUGCUUCCACUUGAGAUAUGAAGAAAGGUUAAGAAUAACAUGCUGCAACUUCAGUCUCCGCUAAUGUACAUAACUACAGGAGUAAGACAAUUUCAUAUGGCAAAAGGUUAGAUAGGGGAAGAAGGAUUGAUUUCUCUUUUCUUUUACAAAUGCUUUGAAGAUCUGUUUCUAUUUUGUAGCAUCUUUUUUUUGGUGCCAAAUAAAGCCAGAUAAUUGUGUAUCA